CGGGGAAAACUCAGUGCGCACCUCCCUAUUGGGAGGGAGUCUCUGGCUACUAAUGGGUCAUUUUUAGGAAGGUGAGCUGUGUGCAGUUGGAAAAGGAGAGAUUGCGACAAGCUGAGCUCAUGACAAAGGCGUUUGGAGUGGGGAAUGUGAACAGGGUCACUUGGGCAGGACACACAUCAGGUCUUUUAAGUCAGCGGCUGCGAGAGGACAGGAGCAGGUCCACAGAGUCCUGCAUAAAGCUUGGGAAGAGAGCAGAACCAGGAUCAGGGGGAGUGUUGGGGAGGACUCACAACUCCAGGAUAAUGGCAGAGAAGAUGGCUGUGGACCAGGGGGUGAAAUGGGCAACAGACCUGAUUGAACAGAAGCUGGCACUGGAGGAGGAGGAGGAACAGAAACACCGUUCCUGCCCUCCUGCAGAACCGCCAGUUGUGGCCCGGCUAGAUACCCCACUUCUGGAGGAUGAGAAGAAGCACGGGCCUCUCAACAAAGGUCUUGAGGGGCUUAAGGGCCAGGAAAGGGUGCGGAAGAGCUCUUUGGACCUGAGACGAGAGAUCAUCCAAGUUGGUGGCACACAAUACCUCUUCGAGCUGCGCAAAAAGCCUAAGAAGAAAAAAGAGGAGGAGAAACCAGAGCCUGAGCCAGAGGAGAUUAUGGGCCCUGUGACGGAAGAGGACUUCUUGAAAGCAGCUGUGCAAGGCAAGGUGCAUGUGGUGGACAAGUUCCUGGCAGACGGGGGAUCCCCAAACACCUGUGAUGAGUUCCGCAGGACAGCAUUGCACCGUGCCUCACUUGAGGGGUACACGGAGAUUGCAGAGAAGCUUUUGGCCCAUGGAGCCACUGUCGAUUUCAGAGAUCGACUGGACUCCACAGCCAUGCACUGGGCCUGCCGAGGAGGACAUCUGGAGGUGGUGAAGCUGCUGCAGGAGAAAGGAUCCAAUCUCAAUGUCAAGGACAAGCUUCUCAGCACCCCACUGCAUGUGGCCACCCGUACUGGCAUGGCAGAGAUUGUGGAGCACCUGAUAAACAAUGGAGUGGAUGUCAAUUCCCGUGACCGGGAGGGAGACAGUGCCCUGCACGAUGCUGUGCGGCUCAAUCGCUACAAGAUCAUUAAGAUGCUGAUUCUGCAUGGGGCAGACAUGAUGGCCAAAAACCUGGCUGGGAAGACACCCACUGACCUGGUGCAGCUGUGGCAGGCAGACACGCGGGAAGUGCUGGAGAAGCAAGAGUCCGAGGCAACAGAGUUGCCAGCAUGAGCAAAUGGACAAAAGAUGGUUCUGGACUUGGGAGAGGCUGUGCCAUUAACACUCAAUAAAGAACCAAGCAAA